GAAAAUUUUCAAAAGGAAUAUAUAAGUUAAAAUUAUCUCAAAAAAAUGAGUCUAGCAAUGUUUGCAAGGAUAACAUUUUAUCCAACACUAGUUUAUAAUAUAUUAAUGGAAAAAAUUUCAUCGAGAAAUUGGUACGAUAGAAUUGAUGAAACUGUUAUAUUAGGUGCUUUACCAUUUCGAAGUAUGACAAAACAGUUAAUAGCUGAAGAAAAUGUUCGAGCUGUUGUUUCAAUGAAUGAAGAUUAUGAAUUACGGUUGUUUUCCAAUGAAAAGGAAUGGAAUAAAAAUAACAUAGAAUUUUUACAGUUAUCUGUAACAGAUAUUUUUGAAUCACCUUCACAAGAAAAGUUAUAUCUUGGUGUAAAUUUUAUCAAUAAAUUUCGUGAUGUUGCAAAUACAUUAAAUAAUUCUAUUAAUUUUGAUAAAAAUUAUCCCAAAAGUGUUUAUGUACAUUGUAAAGCAGGGAGAACACGUAGUGCAACAUUAGUUGGAUGUUAUUUAAUGAUGAAGAAUCAAUGGACUCCAGAAGAAGCAAUAGCAUAUAUACAGCAAAAAAGACCACAUAUAUUAUUACAUAAACAGCAAUGGAAUGCAUUGACACUCUUUUAUAAUAACCAUGUAAAAAAAUAAUGAAUAAUACAAAUAUAUAUAUAAUUAUUAAUAUAAAAAUA